AUGAAUAACUCUACAGUCGACUCCAACACACCUGUGGCAUCCACAAACUCCACUAUUGGAUCUGCUGAGAAAAUUAGCACCAUAGAAAUUUUUGUGUUCAGCAUCAAUUUCCUUUUUGGUAUUCCUGCACACUCCUAUGUUAUAUGGCUCAUAGUCACUGGAAAAGGAAGUGGCAUUUCAUCAGAAUUCUUGAACCUAAAUCUAUCUUUUUGUGAGUUUGGAAACUGUCUCAACUGUUUGUUUACUACUCUGGAAAAUUGGUUUUCAAGUCGUGUGUCAGUUUCUCUGUUUGUACUUGGACUACUAAUCACUGGCCGACCCUUGUUUCAGUGUCUGAUCUGUGUUGAACGCUACCUGGCAGUGGUUCAUCCUGUAAACUUUCUGAAGUUCAAACCUCUCAGAUACAGAUUGAUGUGUUCCACUGCUGCCUGGAUAAUUACUCUUAGUUCCUGUUUGGUCUGCAUGAUCACAUUAAUGUUUUAUAAAAUUGCAUAUACAUGGUUCUUCUCACUGCAAUUCCUACUCUUCCUCGCCAUUCAGUUGUUUUGCCUUUUGGCUGUUCUCAGAGCUCUGAAGCAGCCUAGACCAGGAAAGAGAGGGAGAGAGAGAGGCCAGGAAAACCACAAGAAGAGAAGAGCGUUUUAUCUUAUUCUGAUAACUACUGUGGCACUGGUUAUCUCAUAUCUGCCAUUUAGUAUCUGGGGAUUCUUUAAUAAUCUGACCACGCAGAAUAUUCCGGAAUUUUGGUGUUUCAGUUUUGUUUGUUUUAUGCUGGUUGGUUUUUUACAGCCUGUACUUUAUCUGCAUCGAUUUGGAAGACUUGCAUGUCUCUGUUCUUCAUAA